CCCCGCCGGGCCGGGAGCGCGAUGGCGGCGGGGGAGCCCGGGGGCCUGCGCGGCUACAGCUUCAGGUUCCUGCCCCAGCGGCCCUUCCCGUCCCUGAGCGCCCCGGAGACCGCCGGCCGGCUCCGCCAGUGGUCCAUGCUGGGCAGAAUCAAGGCGCAGGCGUUCGGGUUCGACCAGACCUUCCAGGCCUAUCGGAAGGACGAGUUCGUCAUGGCUUUUUUCAAAGACCCAAAUGUCAUUCCCAAUCUGAAGUUACUUUCAGAAUCUUCUGGAGAGUGGAUUACAUUAGGAAGCGAAGUGAGAAAAAUUGAAGCUAUAAACGUUCCUUGUACACAGCUUUCAAUGUCAUUUUUCAGUCGGCUAUAUGAUGAAGAUAUUGUACGAGACAAUGGACACACUGUUAAGUGUUUAGAUGCCUUUUGUGAUCCAUUUCUCAUUUCUGAUGAGUUACGAAAAGUUUUGCUAGUGGAAGACUCGGAAAAAUAUGAAGUGUUCAGCCCAGCAGACAGAGAGGAGUUCCUGUUCUGCGUGUUCAAACACCUGUGCCUCGGUGGAGCCCUCUGUCAAUACGAAGACGUGCUUAGCCCGUAUCUGGAAACAGCAAAGCUGAUCUAUAAGGACCUUGUGAGCGUUCGAAAGAAUCCUCAAACCAAGAAAAUACAAAUCACCUCUUCUGUCUUUAAAGUUACAGCCUAUGAUUCCGCUGGCAUGUGCUACCCUUCCACGAAGAGUCACGAGCAGACGUUCUCUUACUUGAUCGUGGACCCCAUCAAGCGUCAUGUCCAUGUUUUAUACCACUCUUACGGAGUGGGGGAAAUGGCUUGAUGCUCUGUCAUGUGAUCUGUUGUCUAUUGUUUUUUUAAUCAUUUUUUCAUUUUACUACUAACAUAAAUACAUAUUUACUCUGUAAAUUAAUGCAAGAAAAAUGUGAAGAACCUAAUUCAAACAGAAGAAAUUCAAACAGAAGAAAGUGAACCCCAAGAUCUUUUCUUUUGUUUGUCUGGAAUACUGACCAGGAAUGAGAUGCCAUGCCUAGAGUAACCUAUACCAAAAAAGUUGGGUUUUUUUUUUUUCAGAAAGUCACAAAGAACUAAAAAUCUGGCUCAUAUUUGUUGCCUUACGAUUCCAGUAAGUCCUCAAUUUCCAUGUAUUUUAUUUUAGAAGCUAAUUAAUUUCGGAUGGAAGUUGUAGCAGAAAACGAAACACCUCUACUGAGCCUUAAUAUGAAUUGUGUUUCUUUAACUUGUUUUGUCUAAUAACGUUUCUUUGUCGCACACGGGUUUACGUCUCUAGAGCUUGGAUGAGCAUAACGUUUCUUUUGCUGUAUUCGUUCCACUUAAAACCCUCAAUAAAAAAUGCUGUUCGGAAA